AUGAGCUCUUCAAUGCUUCCAGUCGCCCUGCAGAACAAGUUGGUCGGCUACAGCCGGGUGUCCAGCGCGCACUUAUCUGCCCUGAACCUCCCAGACCUUGCUCGCAACAUCGUAUUUAUCCUGUUCAUCCUCCGGUAUACCCGCAAGACCUUCUACUCCGUCCGCGGCUAUGGCAUUCUUGGCAGCAUCCGUAACAUCUACAUCUCGCUCCGCCUGUUCUGCUACGGCAUUUUCCUGCGCAUCCCUGGUGUUCGCGGCCAGGUCGAUAAGCAAGUGAGCACUGCUAUCACAAACCUCGAGUCGAAGCUGGUCAACUCCGGGCCGGAUGUUACACGGUAUCUUACGCUGCCUAAGGAGGGUUGGUCGCCGGAGCAGGUCCGCGCUGAACUUGAUAAGUUGGCUGGACUUGAACAUACUCGCUGGGAAGAUGGUCGUGUCAGUGGUGCUGUUUAUCACGGAGGCGCGGAGCUGUUGAAACUGCAGGCAGAGGCCUUUGGGCAGUUUGGUGUCGCGAACCCAAUCCAUCCCGAUGUCUUCCCUGGUGUUCGGAAGAUGGAGGCUGAGGUGGUUGCUAUGGCAUUCUUGGAGCGCGGUGUCACUGAUCCCGAGAUGAUUAUCCCCGAUACGGCACAUGCGGCAUUUAUCAAAGCUUGCAACUACUUCAAGAUCAAGCUACACCGAGUACCUUGCCCCGAGCCCGAGUUCAAGGUCGAUGUGCAUGCUGUUCGCCGUUUAAUCAACCCCAAUACCGUCCUUCUUGUCGGAUCAGCACCCAACUUCCCCCACGGCAUUGUUGAUGAUAUCCCUGCUCUAUCGCACCUAGCCACCAAGUACAAGAUCCCUCUCCACGUUGACUGCUGCUUGGGAUCUUUCGUUGUUGCACACCUCAAGAAGGCGGGCUUCCCCUCGCCCUACGAGGAAGAGGGUGGCUUUGACUUCCGCCAACCCGGUGUGACCAGUAUCAGUGUCGACACCCACAAGUACGGUUUCGCGCCCAAGGGUAACUCGGUUCUGAUCUACCGCAACAAAUCAUACCGAAACAACCAGUACUUCAUCUAUCCUGAUUGGUCCGGCGGUGUUUAUGCCUCUCCCUCCGUGGCGGGCUCCCGCCCUGGCGCUCUGAUCGCUGGUUGCUGGGCCAGUCUGAUGAGCGUCGGCGAAGCUGGAUACAUUAACAGCUGCACUGAUAUCAUCAACGCGGCACGGAAAUUCGACACCGCCGUUCGGACCGACGCGACCAUCUCACUGCACAUGGAGGUUAUUGGUAACCCCAUCGUCAGCGUCAUCGCCUUCCGCAGCAAGAACGGUGCCAUUGAUAUUUAUGAUAUCGCUGAUGAUCUGUCUGCUAAGGGUUGGCACCUCAACGCCCUGCAAUCUCCCCCGGCUAUCCACUGUGCCUUCACCAUUCCCACUGCCAAGGCUGUCGACCAGCUCAUUGCUGAUCUGACUGAAGUUAUCGGCAAGGAGCUUGAGAAGGCCGAGCAGCGCAAACGCGAGGGCAAAUCGUAUAUCCUCAAGCGAGGUGAUACCUCUGCUCUGUACGGUGUGGCUGGCAGCAUUCCCGAUAAGAGCGUCGUCAGCCGUCUGGCAGAAGGGUUCUUAGACACUUUGUACAAAGCAUGA